CAGAGCAAGAAGCACUACAGAGCUACUGCAGAGGAGAGCUACUCCUUUCACAGGUCUCUUAGCUGGUUAAGAUGAAUUGUGCGUGUGUAUUCAACAUGUGUAUCCGGACGUGUAGCUUUGUGUUCAGAAAUGUGUGUUAAGCUCGCAAAGAAGGGCGGUCCUGUUUGCUAACUUUAGCUCACGUUAGUUUAUGUACUUUGUCUAGUGUGCAGCGUCGUGCUCCUCUUUUCACUGCUUUUAAUGGCGUGUUGUACAUAAGCAGGUUUAAGGUUCCGGUAUAUUUCAUCUAUGGCUUGCCGGAGAGGCAUUUGCAUGCAGAGCAGGUGAUAAAAUACAGGGAGCAAAGAACCGCUCUGCUUUGGUGCACAAGUCAUGAAGGAGUUUUUGAGGAAGAUACACAGCAUCUUUCUGAAGAUCGCCCUGUUUCCGAGCACAUUUGGCCGGACUGGCCCGCGGCCACCUGCCUCAGAGGUGCUGACCUGUCACCUGCUGCAGCGUAAACUCCCGCCUUGGACCUCAUACUGUGUCCGCUACAGCUCGGUCCACAAUGACCAGUUUGGAUUGUCCAACUUUAAUUGGAGAGUUCAGGGAUCCAACUACCAAAUAUUGAGAACAGGCUGUUUCCCUUUUAUAAAAUAUCACUGUACCAAAGCACCUCCACAAAACCUGGACUUUGAGGACAAGUUUUUCACCAUGCUAAAAGUGAUUAAUCUAGGCAUCCCUUGUUUGGCCUAUGGCAUUGGUUGCUGGAUGGUUGUGGGAGCUGCAGAAACAGUGCAGACAAGUGUUGGACCUGUCACAGUCUAUUUUGCCUACAAAGAAGAUGAAGGCGCACAGUAUUAAACACUAUUUUGAAUGCAUCUUCAAGAGAGUAUUAGCUAAGUAGCUGCUGUAUUUACAACAUGUCCCCCAGGUGAUGUUCUGUUGACAAAAGUCCCAUCCUGUGUCACUAGUGCUUCUAUUGUGUGACAGCACAGGGUCAUUUGUGUUUAAUUAUUAAAGAUUUAAAGUUGC